AUGCCCAACAUGUUCAAUAGAAACAAGCGAAUAUGUAACCAACAAACGAAAUGUGAUUCGGGCUUAAUUUCUUAUACCGAUUCUGACACCUCCGUUUCGGAUUCGUUAAGAGAGAAAUAUAAGGGGUACAGGCGUAAAAAAGAAGAAAAUAAUGUCAAAAGAAAGGACCCGAGAAAAAAUCGGCGAAUUUUCAAAAUAGAUGACGAGGAUAAUAACGUCAAAAGAAAGGAUAUAAGAAAGAAUCAGCGAACUUCCGAUGGCGAAGAUGAGGAUAAUAACGUCAAAAGGAAAGAUCUAAGAAAAAAUCAGCGAAUUUCCGAGAAUGAAGAAAAGGAUAAUAUCGCUAAAAGAAAGAAUAUAAAAAAAUAUCAGCAAACUUCCGAUGACGAGAGUGCAGCAAAGUCCAUAAACCAGAAAAAGUCAAAAGAUCGUCGAAUGUAUUCUGAAAGUGACGACGCAGAAGAAAGUAUGGUAAUAAAUAUUUAAGUCGUCGACGUUCUGAUGGCCCGUUGAUUAAUACCGAAUCCGUUGGAUUCAAGCGGUAUAAAAAUUUGGACGAAAUGGACAAA